AUGUUGGGUCCUUCGGGACCGAUUAUACAGAUAAAUUUAAACCACUCGGCUAGGGCACAGGAUCUCCUGAUGCAAACCCUGGUCGAGUGGGGUGCCGGGCUGACAGUGUUGGCGGAGCCGUAUAGAGUCCCCGAUCAUCCAUACUGGAUGGGGGACCUUUUGGGCUCCGCCGCCAUUGUGUGGAGUGGAAGGCCGGGAACCCCGCCGCUGGAGCUGUUAGAAUGCGGUAGGGGUUACCUGGCCGUAGAUUGGGGAGGUAUCGCGGUGGUGGCGAUAUAUGCGCCGCCGAGCUGGUCCCUUGCGAGCGUUGAAGGGUAUCUGGACGAG